CUAUUCCUUAGAUACAAGCUCCGAGACUAUUGUAUUGAAACAGUGCGCUUCGCAGGACUGAAAAAAGCUUCGGAAUCACCUGCCCAUCUCUACCUAAAAUUUCAAGCCUGGACUCAAAGUAAUUAAGCUCUAAGGCUUUAAGCAGCUGAAUCAACUGGCAGAAGACCUCUUUCCUUUGACCCUCAUCUCAGCGACAACAACAGCUACUGAGAAAAGGGUGAACUAACUGGCAUACAGGAACACACCACUAAAGUCAGCAGAGAAGAUGGAGGUAACAGCCAAUGUGUCCAAUGGAGCAGGGCUGGUAUAUGAGGAAAAAGAAGACACUCUCGGUCCCGAGGAUCUGUCUGAGGUGCUGGCAGCAGGGACCAAGGAGGUUCAUGAAAAGGCUGAGAACACCCAGUUUGUGAAAGAUUUCCUCAGGGGACGCAUCCGCAAAGAGCUCUUCAAGCUUGGUGCCGUGGCACUCUACUAUACUUAUACAGCCAUGGAGGAGGAAAUUGAAAGGAACAAAGACCACCCCCACUUUGCCCCUCUGUAUUUUCCUUCAGAGCUGCACCGCCACGAGGCCCUGGCCCGUGACCUCGAGUACUUUUACGGCCCUGACUGGCAGAGCCAGGUCAGCUGCUCCCAGGCCACCCAACGCUAUGUAGACCGUAUUCAUCAAGUAGGGCAGGAGGACCCAGUGCUGCUGGUGGCCCACGCCUACACCCGCUACAUGGGGGACCUGUCCGGGGGCCAGGUGCUAAAGAAGGUGGCGCAGAGAGCCAUGAAGCUGCCGCCCACCGGGGAGGGCUUGGAAUUCUAUCAGUUUGAUGGCAUCCAUAGUGCCAAAGCAUUCAAGCAGUUGUACCGUAGUCGGAUGAACGAGUUGGAACUGGACAUGGAAACAAAGAAGAGGCUGGUAGAAGAGGCUGUCAAGGCCUUUAACUUCAACAUGGAGGUGUUUGAGGAGUUGGACGAGAUCGGUAAAACCAUCCAGGAGGAUGCUUUAGAUGCUGGCAUGCCCGUCCAUGGGGCAAUGGGUGGAGACAUUAGCAAGUGUCCCUACUAUACUGCCAAAAUGGCGGCAUCGGGUGGAACAGCAUACGCCUGUCAGCUUGCCAUGGCCGUACUCCGACACCCAACAGGCCAGGUCCUGUUUGCUGCUUGGUUUGCUGCUCUGGCUGGAUUGGCUGCAUGGUAUCUGAUGUGAUCCAGCUGUAAGGGAGAGGGAGGAGAACCAUAGAAGGAAGGACAGUAAGGAGACAAGAAAACUCCCUCAAACUGUACACCAUUUGAUAGUUCCAUGCAAACAUUCUGAACGGGUCCAAGUUUAUUUAAUGUUACUGUUUGCUGCUAAUAAUAUUAGCUGACAGGAAAUUAACUUGGAUGUUAUCAAUAGAAUUCCAAUAAAAUGAUCUGUAGGAACAUUCAAUCCAUCCAUCCAUCCAUCCAUCAAGCCACACCUUGUUACAGUUCAUCCACCCAACUUUUUAUUUCUCUACCUCCUCUGCACUAUCCUUCCGUCCUGUGUCCUUCCUACGUGUUUGGUCGUAUCACAAGACCUUGUAAAGCUGUUUUCUGAUUUCGUCAUGGAAGCACACAGUGUUAAUAGCUCAUUUGUUGUGAAAUUUUUUUCCCAAUUUGAAAUGAAACUGCAAGAUUGAUAAAGCAUGGUGACUUUUAUAGAUACUGCCCAUGUGUAAUUGGCUAUACAGUAAUAAAUCAGUUACUAAUGGUGAAUGGAUUAUCAAAAUUAAUUCAUGGUAACCAUAGUAAAAACGUGUUAAAACCUACUAUGCAUAUGUUAUGCAGUAUGUAUACUGCUGACUGCUGUGUUGAUUUUGAACGAGACCUUUGUGUUUUUGCAGAGAUAAUGUGCAGUUAUGUUCUUUAAAUCCAUUUUCACAUUUCAUGAUUCAAACAUGGCCUCAGAUGUUUCCAAAAAAGUUUGUUCAGGUGUACUGUGAUACAAAGGAUAGCAAUUUUUUCAAAAUUUAGCACACCUACACUUUGACAAGUGUAUGAUUAAUAAACAUCUUUCAGAUACUAGUGAAUAUACUGGAUAUUUGAUUCUCUACCGAUGCAUGUUCAAAUGUACUAUUUCUCUGUUGCAGAAUAUGAUAUGGCAUCUUGUAUUUAAAAAAAAAAAAAAAAAACCUGCCUGUUUAAAUGCAUAGCUUAACCAUCCAAAAUGAAGAAUAAAUUUGACCUGCUACAUGAGCCUAUAUUAGGACAAAGCUGUUAACAGAGGUGAUUGCAGCUGUUUUAUAAGAAAAUUGUCCUUUGUAAUGUUAAUAGUUUGUCUUCAUGAAGGCUAUAUGCGUCUGAAUGUUGUGGUUUACUAUGAACUACUUCAGGUUAGGUACUUAUAAGUAUGUCCUUCAGCAGCUCAGCUCUUGUGGAUUUACUAGUAUGCAUCAAUACUAAGACUGUAAUCAUUAGUCACAUUUUGUUUAUACUGUAUGUUGGGAACAACUUUCCCAGUAGGGCACAACUCAUUUUCUUCCCAACAUAAAUAAGGAGGACUAUAUUGUGCUGUGUGUACUGUAUGCAGUGUAAUUGCACAAUUGUUUUGCGAUUGAAGUUACAUUUUUAUUCAUACACUGUAAUGACAUUUUAUCAACUUUGCUUUAUCUUUCCAAGCAGUUUUUUUUUUAUUUUAUUUUUUUGCUUGGAUUUGUUUAACACAUAGUACCUACUGAAAACAUUUCAACCAGGUUCAUGUGCUGUGUGUAUUUGCACAACACAUUCAUAGAUAAACAGAUGCACAGUAUUUUCAUUAGCAUAACUCGUUCAGAUUUGUUCAGACAUGGAAACCUAAGUGAUAAUCUCAGGUUCAUUUUGCAGCAUUGCAUAUGAAGGACUAAAACAGGGACUGCCCUAAUAUACUAUAGUUCAAUGUCCAUAUUUUAGGUUUAUGUUCCAAUUUCUUUUAUGCCAGUGUGAUGUGUCAAAAUACUACAGUAUUUUUGGAUGUACUGAGGGGACGCCUACUUGAAUCUCAGGAGUACAGGUAGUUUUGGUCAUUGAUUAAACCUUAGAUUAAAGAGAGUGGGAUGCUUGACUAAUUCAUGUUGAUUUUGAAUUCUGUUGCGUUUCCAUUAACUAUGCAGUUAAUUCCUUUGUGUACAUCUAACUGGACAAAGCUUUAUAGUGUUUGGCUAGACUACUCUUAUUGUAUGAGAGUGAAACUGCAGGAGAAUGCGGUGUUGUGUAUAAUAGAAUACAUUUUGUUUUCCUGCUAAGGCUGAAAUAAAGGUGAUUGAUUUGGA